CAACACGUAAACAAUGCUUCCCACUUGGCUAACCGAGGAGUACCUGCAGCCCAGGCUGAGGGCCUACUGCAAGGACGAGCAGCUGAGGAUCCUCAAAAUCUGGUCCAAGGCAGCGACUGGAAAGGGUGAGAACUUCGUGGGCAUCAUGACCCGCAUCCACGUGGACUUCCAGCUGGGCGAUGGAUCGGUGCAGAAUAGAACCUUCAUCGUCAAGCAGGCCCUUCCCACGGAUGUUCCCCAGGCCGAAGUCUUCUUCGAGUACGAUCUCUACACUAGAGAGAUGGACAUGUACGAGUUCGUGCUGCCCAAGAUGAAGGAACUGCUGGAGGAGGCCGGCCUUGAAGGAAAGCUCACUGCGGAUGCCAUCGCCGUGGACCGGGAGCACAGCACCAUGAUUCUGGAGGACCUGGCACCGUACAAGUACGUCAAUGCGGACCGAGUGAAGCUGUUGGAUCUGGCUCACACCAAGCUGACGCUGGAAAUGUUGGCCAAGUUUCACGCCGCAUCCAUCAUCCUAAAACAGCGUCAUCCGGAGCUCCUGACCAAGUGCUUCUCCACUCACUUCUUUUCGCGGGACAAAAAGGCCUACUCGGAAGUGUAUUUGGGCAUGUUCAGGGCAUUCUUGAAGUUCAUAAACGGCCAUCCAAACUUAAAGAAAAGCUAUGCCGACAAGUUGGAGAAAUUGCGCACCCACAUCAUGGAGUACGGAGCUCGGGUCUAUGAUGUGGCCGAUGGGGAACUGCAGACGUUGAACCACGGCGAUUGCUGGACCACCAACAUUAUGUUCCAGUACGACAAUGAGGGAAUUCCCCGGACAGUCGUCGCCAUAGAUUUUCAGUUCAGCAACUGCACCUCACCGGCCAUCGACUUGCACUACUUCUUCACCACUUCGCUGAGGGAGGAAGUGCAGAAUAAGGAGCCCGAACUGGUUGAGCAUCAUUACAACGCUUUGAGAGCGAACCUCGAAAAGUUUUCGUAUAAGGGAUUAUUUCCCAGCCUUCAGGAGUAUAAACUUCAGUUUGAGCGUCGUCGUUUUAUGAGUUUGUUGGCGCAUCUCUUCAAGCCUGUUAUGAUCUACAAUGGCAGUGAGGAAACCUCGGACUUUUCGAGUUUGUACAAGGAAACCACCGAAGGACUUCGAUUUCAGAAAUCCGUUUAUGAAAGUGAAGUGGUGCUCAGAAGUGCAACCAAAUUGUUAGAAAUUCUAGAUAGCAAGGGACUUUUGGAUCUUCAGUAGGCUAAGAUUGGUUACUUUAACGAAUAUGUGCAAUAAUUUGUAAAGACAAUUAAUAAAAAUGUAUAUAAAUACACAAUUAAGUGAUAAA